GGCUUUCAUUCAAUUUAAUCAAUCCCCGCGAUAUCAUCAUAAUGCUUCAACCAUGCGACGCGUUGUAGUAACAGGCCUUGGAGCCAUAACACCAUUAGGCGUAGGAAUCCGACCUACAUGGAGUCGUCUUCUUGCGGGAAACUGCGGUAUAGUGUCACUUCCCACGAAUUAUUUCGAAAUCUCACAGCGAGAAAGUCUUCCUAGCACAAUAGCUGGUCUUGUGCCAUCUGGUAGCGAUGCGAAAGAUUCAUGGCGAGCUUCAGAUUGGUUAGAGAAAGGGGAAGAUUCCCGAAUGGCCAAAUUUACACAAUAUGCAAUAGCAGCUACAGAAAUGGCACUUCAGGAUGCAGGAUGGAGACCACAGAAACAAGAGGAUAAAGAAUCUACUGGUGUUUGCCUUGGUAGUGGUAUUGGGGGAUUGGACGAGCUUUAUACUGCUAGCAACAACUACUCUCGAAUGGGCUACAAAUCAGUAUCCCCUUUCUUCGUACCGAAACUCCUCAUAAAUCUCGCCGCAGGUCAUAUCUCAAUGAAAUAUGGAUUUGAAGGUCCGAAUCACGCAGUCACAACCGCUUGCACAACUGGCGCACAUGCAAUCGGCGAUGCAUCCCGAUUUAUCGCUUUUGGAGAUGCAGAUGUUAUGAUCGCUGGUGGUUCUGAGUCUUGCAUACAUCCUUUGGCUUUUGCUGGCUUUGCUAAAGCUCGUUCACUUGCUCGCAAAUAUAAUGACAAUCCAGAAUCAUCCUCACGUCCUUUCGAUCGAGAUAGAUGUGGCUUUGUUAUUGCAGAAGGUGCUGGAGUUGUUGUUUUGGAGGAGUUGGAACAUGCUAAAGCUCGCGGAGCCGAAAUAUAUGCCGAAAUUCGUGGAUAUGGUUGUAGUGGUGAUGCACAUCAUAUUACUGCUCCAAAAGAAGAUGGAGCUGGUGCAUUCCUAGCGAUGAAGAGAGCUCUCAAGAAUGCUGGAAUUUCACCCCGAGAAGUCGAUUACAUUAAUGCUCAUGCUACAAGUACGCCUUUAGGUGAUGCUGCCGAAAAUGCUGCCAUUACUAGAUUGAUGCUUGGUGAGGAAGGGCUUGAUAACGCGAGUCAAAUUGCAGUCAGUAGUACCAAGGGUGCCAUUGGACAUUUGCUAGGUGCUGCUGGUGCAGUGGAAGCCAUUUUUUCAAUCUUGGCUGUGAAAGAGAACACACUUCCACCUACACUCAACCUACAUAAUCCAGAUGAAAACAUGAAUUGUAAUUAUGUCCCUUUUUCAGCACAACAAAAAGAUGUCAAGGUUUCGGUAUCUAAUAGUUUUGGCUUUGGUGGCACGAAUGCCUCACUCGUCUUCUCAAAGUAUAGCUGAGAUGAUGUCAAACGUAAUCGACUUCAUUCGAGCCCCACCUCCUAACAUGUACCCGAACAUCCCACCUCUUUUCGUAUACCAACUACGGGUUCGUUCCCCAUUUCGACAAGUAUGAACUUGAGGUGUUUUGAUCCAAAUCAUGUCAGGAUCUUCUCCAUGUGGUCUUAAUGGAACCCGAGUCAAAUCGCCUGCACAUUAUAUGCAUUGUCGAAUUUGAUCAAUGAAUGAUCUGAGCGGGGACAUUGCUGUUAAUGUUAAUAUUGCUAAUAUAACAACAUUGAGUUGUUUCGGUAAAUUGCCAUGCAUGCCGUAAUCGAUGUAAUAUUCUGGAGGGGUUUCUCACAAACGGCAUCCUGGUAUAGUAUCAAAGUGUGCUCCAGUCAUCAAAUAAUGAUAUCAACCAACCGAUGUAAGGAAUGCACAACUUUAACUAUGAAAUUGUCAAUCAAAUUGACA